CCCCCCCCCCCUUAAAAUCCCCUCCCUACCAUUUUCAACUGCUUUUCUUUUCUUUUCUUUUCUUUUCCGUUUUGAGAAGAAGAAGAAGAAGAAGAAGAAGACGACACAGAGCCUUUUAUGGGAUGGAAGGCAACUCCGGAAACGACAUUGUAGCUCCUUUUGUCUUGAAAACUUAUCAAAUGGUCAACGAUCCACUUACGGACGCUUUCAUUUCUUGGGGCUCUGCUAAUAACAGCUUCAUCGUUCUUGACCCUCUUCAUUUCUCUCAUACUCUCUUGCCUGCUUUUUUCAAGCACAAUAAUUUCUCUAGCUUCGUUCGUCAGCUCAAUACUUACGGGUUUCGGAAGGUAGAUCCAGAUAGAUGGGAAUUCGCGAACGAGUGGUUUCUACGAGGGCAAUUUCAGUUACUUAAAAACAUUGUAAGGAGAAAACAGAGUAGUAAUUCCAGUAAUAAGUAUUUGGUGGGAGAUCAGAUGGGGGAUGAGGAAUUAGUGACUGAAAUUGCUAGAUUGAGGAAAGAACAGAGAGCUCUGGAAGAACAACUGGAAGGGAUGAAGAAACGACUUGAAACCACUGAGAAACGCCCACAACAAAUGAUGGCCUUUCUUCAUAAAGUGGUGGAAGAUCCUGAAAUUCUGCCACGGAUCAUGCUUCACAAAGAUCCCACUCGUCUUCAAUUUCCAGAGAAGAAGCGGCGGUUGAUGAUUUCCUCUUCUUCCUCUUCCCCUUCCACCACCACUCUCACCGAGGGGGAUGAAAUCGAAGAGGACGCCAAUAACCGCCGGGAUUUUGGGCUUAAUUUCUCGUCGCCGGAGGUUUCUGGACCUUGGUUUCUCCGGGAGCCGGAGGGUAAUUUGGGGAUUCCGCCGGUGCCGCCGAUUGAUAAAGGAAUAAACAGUAACGGAGAGAGAAAGUAUUUGACGGAAAUGACAGUGGAGGAGACUCAUCCACCACCACCGCCUUAUCCAUUUUCUCUUUUCGGGUGUGGCUUUUAGUAAUUAAUCACCUUCACAAUUUUAUUUUCUUCUUUUUUCGCAUUUUCUCUCUUUUUUUCCCCUCUUUCUUUAUUAAUAUUACCUUUCAGUUUUCUUUC